AUGUUUCUACGGAUAUGUGGACAUAAUGAAGUUCAAAGGGAUGUUGGAUUGCGUUUCGGACGAACUCAAGAAACAGUGAAGAGAAAAUUCUUUGAAGUUCUUAACGCGACUGAGUUGCUUGCUUGUGAUUAUAUCAACACUCCAACAAGUGAAGAACUUCUUAGGAUUCCUGAACGGCUUAUAAUGGAUCGAAAAUAUUGGCCAUAUUUUAGUGGAUUUGUUGGAGCAAUGGAUGGAGUUCAUGUAUGUGUUAAAGUCAAGCCAGAAUUGCAAGGAAUGUAUUGGAAUCGACAUGACAGAACUUCAUUCAACAUCAUGGCAAUAUGCGAUUUGAAUAUGUUAUUCACAUAUGUUUGGAAUGGAGCGCCAGGAUCAUGUCACGAUACCGCAGUGCUCAACACGGCACAAGAAAAGGAUUCUGAAUUUCCUUUGCCUCCGGGAGAUAAGUAUUACGUGGUUGAUUCCGGUUAUCCAAAUAAACAGGGUUUUCUUGCUCCUUAUAGAUCUUCAAGAAACACGGUUUUUCGCUAUCAUUUGUCUCAAUUCGAGAAUGGUCCCCCUCCACGGAAUAUGCAAGAACUCUUUAACCGUUGGCAUGCAUCUCUACGUUCAGUUAUUGAGAGGACAUUUGGAGUUUGGAAGAAGAAAUGGAGGAUUCUCUGUGAAUUUCCUAGAUAUAAUAUGAAGGUACAAAAACAAGUGGUAAUGGCUACAAUGGGAUUACACAAUUUUAUACGGAUUUCAAAUUUUACAGAUGAUGAUUUCGGUGAACAAAUGGGACACGCAGAAAUGGAGAAUAUAAAUUUUGAGGGUGAUUUAGGUGACACAGAAACUACAGAAAUAGCUGAGGGAGAUCUUAUGGCGAACAUCAGAGAUAAUAUUGCAAAAUCGUUAUGGGCAAAUCGAAAUAAUCUGUAUUAA